UCGCGAAGAGCGCGCGCGGCGUGAUGCGUUGACGAACGCGACGGGACAAAGGACGCUUUCGUACGCAAGCAGAAGGACGCCAUGUUCAUUUGUCAACGGACGUCAAGGUGUUCCCGUGCGGAAGCAACGAGCAGCUGCCGCCGUUUGUCGUCGGUUAAAGAAAUCGCGAAGCGACCGAAACGUCCGGAUCCGGAGAACUGAGGGUAGAUCCUCUUCGCUUUCUCGUGGCCGUCGUCCUCUCGCCUCGUCAUGGAGACAGCUUCGGCAGGCGCGGAGUUGCGGAAGCGCAAACGCGAGGAAUACGAGAUGCAGCUGUUCGGCUUCCAUUCUCGAGCCGUGUACGCGACUAUUAGGAACAUUGUAAUGGAGAGAAUACAGUCCAGGAGCAGAAAAUUGUGUGAAACUUUGGAGAACAAAUAUAAGCUAGAUUCUGAAAACUUGGCUAUUUUAAAGCGGAACGAAGAGAACCUUAUAAGAGCGUACUACACAGCUUCUUUGCCUCACUUAAACAACAUAGAGAAUGUUGUGAAAAAAUUCAUUGCUGUGCCCAGCAAUGUUCUGGCAGAGGAAGAUAAGCUUCAGAAAACGCAAUAUACAGAGGAAGAGAUCGAAAGUAAGCGAAAGACAUUGGAUGAACUCCAGCAAAAAGCCAAACGGGCUACUAUGUUGAAUGCAGCAUUGAAGGAAGAAUUACAGGUCAUAGAGCAAUUUUCGCUCUGCACAGAUAAUACCGUCAGGUUGAGUCACGUUGUCGAGAAUAGCUCAUGUCCGGAUGUUACCGAAAAACUUCAACAAGUAGUCAAACAUUAUAAACAAUUGAGCGCGUCCAUCAAAGGUCCUGUAUCUCCUAAAGAACUUUACAAUACAAUCAACGGUCUAGAUUGCAUAGAUUACGAUCUGGAUAGUUUACAAUUGUAAGAGAGAAAUUAUCUAUAUUUGUAUAACUUGCAUAUUUAAAUGAUAUAUUGCUGACAUUUAUCUUUUUGACAUUUUUUGUACAUAUGUAAAUACAUGUAUAAGCUGAGA